AUGGCCGAGGUAGAAGAAUCCAAAGCUCAGCGUGCUGCUCGCCUACGUCGGGAGAAACGGGCGGCGAAGAUUGCAGCAACAGGAACCGCACGGUUGGACAAAAUAACAGGCUUGAGCGGCCGCUCUAUGUCAUUCCAUGAUGAUUCGCCGUCUUCUAGAAAUACUCCAAGUCCUCCAUCCGGUGUACGAUAUGCUUCCCCACCAGCACAAUCACCACCACGAAACCAGCAGCCACUAGGGCCAUUUCCUGGGCUCGGAAUGCCUCCAAAUACGGGAGACAGCUCCCCGCAAACGAUGAAGGAGCAGGAGGAAUAUAUACGUGCCCUUCUUCGCUCGCAACAACCACCUGCUUCUGCCCAAGAUAACGCAGACCCAACAACGAAACUACUCAGCAACUUACUUGGUAUGCCUUCUCCUGGAGCUGGCAUGUCUACACCAGGCGGGACGCCGAUGUUUCCACCCGGAACUGGUGAUGCUCCAGAUAUCUCCCCCAACGACAUAGCUUCUUCACUAGGAAUCCCUCCUUCCAUGGCUAGUUUAUUCCUUCAAGCCAACUCUGCGCCCACGUCGCCAGCUGUACAACGGAACAAUACCAUAUGGCGAGCUGUUCACAUCAUAUUCGCGACAGCUACCAGUUUAUAUCUAUUGAUGCUCUUAAAAUCGUCCAUCUCGCUUUAUGGUGGGGGUGAUCGACUACCACCACCAGCAACAGUACAGAACCCGUUCCUUAUUUUGGUCAUGGGUGAACUCUUGCUUACUGGAACACGGGUGAUGUUUAUGAAUAAUGAAGGGAAUGGUGGCGGGAAUGGUGUGAUCGGAGCUCUGAAGACGGGCAGGAGAGUGUUAUCUGAUGUUAUGAGGGAUGGGAAAAUAAUGAUAUUUGUGAUGGGGAUCGGGUCUUUGUGGAUGAACAACUGA